AUGCCCAUUGGCAUCCAGCGCCUCAACGCGCGGCGCCUUCCUCCCAAUGAGCGAAUCAUAUUCAUCAAGCCACUCGAGGGGCCCGACAAGGCUCUCGCGCAAGACUACCUUGAGCGAAUCGCAGCCAUAUGUGUACCUAUCAUGCGGACCCACCACCUAUCGAUCAUGACUCUCGAGGAAUACGAGCCCAACAUGGAAUUCGUCGGACGCAACUUCAACGCCGGGGAAGUCAUUCAGCUUGUUCUCAAAGCCCCAUACACAGGCCACUGGCUACCGUUCCGGUACGUGCAGAUGGUCAUGAUGCACGAACUCGCGCACUGCGUACAAAUGAAUCAUUCCGGGGCCUUUUGGAAAGUUCGGAACCAAUACGCCGACGAGCUACGCGGAUUAUGGACAAAGAAUUUCACGGGAGAAGGAAUGUGGUCGCGGGGCCAAACCGUAGCGGAAGAUGGACACCAUGCGGUUGCAGUCCCAGAGACUGAAACCAUGCCGCACAGUCUUUGCGGCGGAACGUAUCGUUCCCGAAGACGGAAGCGUAGAAGGGGGAGGGCUGCAGGAGGGAAAGGAAAUGAUGGGAAGGAGUUGACGUAUGCGGAGAAAAAGCAGCGCAGAAUCGCGAAAAAGUUUGGCAUCAAUGGCAAAACACUCGGCAAUGAUGAAGAUGCUAGAAUCGACUUGGAGGCAGGGAAAAUAGUAAAAGGCAAACCCAGAGUAGCGAACAGUGCGAGAGGAAGAGAAUUGCGUGCCGCGGCGGCGUUGAAGAGGUUCGGUCAGCAGGUUAAGCGCGAGGAAGAGGAGGAAGAAGAAGAAGAGCAGAAACGAAAAGAAUUUGUGAAGAAGGAAGAGGAGGAUGACGAGGAGAGUGACCUCGAUGAUGAGGAUGAUGAGGAUGGAGAGGGCGUGCUGAUAAAAGAGGAAGAAGGAGAAGACGCACUUGAUUGGAAUGGAACGAAAUUACUCGACUCUCAUGGCCACGGAUUAAUCAAGGUCUGCGAGGAAGAAGACGGCGACAAUGCAGAUGUCCGCGCGGAGAUGCGCGAGUUGCGACAGGUCAAUCUCGAUCGAUAUCUCGAGCGCGAUGCUAGUCGCGCUGUCCAGGAGAGAGAUCGAACGAGACAGAUUAAGAAGGAGGCAGGGGAUGAGAAUAUUGUCAAUAAGAAGCUGGCUUCUAUUCCUCCAGCUGCAGCUCCUUCUUCUACUUUAGUCUCAUCAGACUUAUCUACUUCAGCUGCACCAUCCUUAUCUUCUUUCCUUUUGCCGCGGGCAAAGUCAUCAUCUUCAUCGUCGUCAAAAAGCCCGAACGAGCCAACAUCAGAGUCAAUAAAGGCAGAACAAGAAGUAAACGACAGGGGCGGCGGCGGCGGCGAUGACGAUGACGAUGUAACAACAAGAUCGUGCCCAAUAUGUUCCCUCUCCAACCCAAUCAACAGCCUCACCUGUCUUGCCUGCGCACAUGUUCUCGACUUGGACAAAGUAGCUGACCACUGGCGAUGCAAGAGCGUCGCGUGUCGUGGUGGUAACAGUGGUGAUGGACGCAGCGAGUACGUUAAUGCUGGAGACUGCGGACGGUGCGGUGUCUGCGGUGCGCGACGGGAUGAUCAGUGA